UACCAAAGUGUAAGAAAGAAAAAAGGGAAAAGGAAAAAUCCCAAAAUCUUCCCAUCAUCUUCCUUUUCCUCUUCUUCCUCUUCUCGAGCCCCCUACCCUAAUUCCCGUUUCCUUCCAUUUUUCCCCACCUUCUCUCUCCUACAAUCAUCUGGGUUUUUUUUCCUGUUUUUGUUUUCGCGUCCCUUUGUUCGUACGGAAUCUGGAGCUUCCUCUGUAGUUCUUUACGGUCGUGUUUUGGUUGCUGUUCUUCGGACUGAACUCGAAUUGGUUCCAACUGUUUCUUCCCUCUGCCACUUGUCUCUGUAGAUUUCUGGGGUUUAGUCUCGACUAAGCGUCGGUGAGAUUGUUUGCUAUUCGAUUGAGUUGUUGUUCCUCUAGUUCCUGCAUCAGUUGCUCUUCAGAUCGAGCUGGUGAAGCUUUGAAAUUUCUGGGAUCAGCUGGUCGGAUCCGUCACUGACAUGGCUGCUAGGGUCUCUCCUGUGGAGUCGAGCUCGUUCCCUGUCGUUUCCCAAGUUUUGAGCUUUUGGUUGAAGAUGUCCUUCCUGGGUUUCGGGUUUGUUUUCUGAUCCUUCGUGGGUUUCUCUUCUGAAGAGCUUCAAAACUUAAUUCGUCUCGUAAAGUUUAGAUCUUUCGGCUUGGAAGAUUUGAACUCUUACCUUGCGCGAUUUCGUUAUGUUCAAUAAGAUUCUUAAUAGGCUUCCUAAGAAGCCGUCCAAGGCUUUGGAUAAUCGUGAAUUUGGCGCUUCGAACCAGCUGACGAGCCCCAGAAACAAUGAUAUCUCGAGUAGCAGACCGGUUAAUGCAGAUGGUAUGACGUUGUCUGGUCCGAAUUUGGUUCAUGGUCAGUUUCAAGGCAACAAAUCUUCUCAGGUCCUGAACCAGAUACAGAAUGGCGAACUGGUUCUGGCUUCUUUCGAAGCUCUGCCCGCGUUCAAGGACGUUCCCACCUCCGAAAGGCCGAACCUGUUUAUCAGGAAACUGAACUUGUGUUCUGUCGUUUUUGAUUUCACUGAUCCAACCAAGAAUGGAAAGGAGAAGGACAUGAAGCGGCAGACUUUGCUUGAGCUCGUGGAUUAUGUAACUUCAGCAAAUGGGAAGUUCAGUGAAACUGUGAUGCAAUCAGCUGCGAGAAUGGUUUCCGCAAAUCUAUUCAGAUCACUCAGUCCGCAGCCCCGUGAGAAUAAAGUGGUGGAAGGGUUCGAUCUGGAAGAGGAGGAACCGUCAAUGGAUCCAGCCUGGCCUCACCUCCAGAUCGUAUACGAGUUCCUGUUAAGAUUCGUCGCAUCUCCCGAGACAGAUGCGAAACUGGCGAAGAGAUUCAUAGAUCACUCCUUUGUUACGAAACUGUUGGAUCUCUUCGAUUCCGAGGAUCCAAGGGAGAGAGAGUACCUCAAAACGAUCCUUCACAGGAUCUACGGAAAGUUUAUGGUUCAUCGUCCUUUCAUCAGAAAAUCUGUCAACAACAUUUUCUUCCGGUUUACGUUCGAGACAGAGAAGCAUAAUGGAAUCGCCGAGCUUUUGGAGGUUUUCGGCAGCAUAAUUAACGGGUUUGCUCUGCCAUUGAAGGAAGAACACAAGCUCUUCCUUGUCAGGGCAUUGAUCCCCCUUCACAAACCGAAAUGCUUACCAAUGUACCACCAGCAGUUAUCUUACUGUAUUACGCAGUUUGUGGAGAAAGACUGCAAGCUUUCGGACACGGUCAUAAGGGGUUUGCUCAAGUAUUGGCCCGUUACCAAUAGUUCAAAGGAAGUAAUGUUUCUCAACGAGCUCGAGGAAGUGCUGGAAGCAACUCAGCCUCCAGAAUUUCAGAGAUGUAUGGUACCUCUCUUCCGACAAGUUUCUCGUUGCCUGAGCAGCUCCCACUUUCAGGUGGCCGAAAGGGCUCUCUACCUGUGGAAUAACGAUCAUAUCGAGAAUCUGAUAAGGCAAAACCGGAAAGUAAUACUGCCCAUCAUCUUUCCGUCCUUGGAGAAAAACAGUAGCAGUCACUGGAAUCAAGUUGUCCAGAGCCUGACACUUAAUGUCCGGAAGAUCUUUUCUGACCUCGACCCGGAGUUGUUCGAGGAGUGUUUGCAAAAGUUCCGUGAAGAUGAAGAGAAGUCGGAGGAGACCGAGAGAAAACGAGAAGCUACCUGGAAACGCCUCGAGGAUAUGGCCGCAACAAAGGCCUCGAGCAGUGAAGCAGUUCUCGUUCCUCGGCCGGUUCCUGCCAAAUCUCCCUGAAAUCUCUGUACAUUUCGUGGAUUUUAACUUUCUGUGUUUGGGGGAGAGAUCCAAGGCAGCUCUUGAAUGGGUUUUCUUUUCCCCCAAAAGUCUUAAAGCUUCUUCCACUACUGCAGCUUGGUUGAUCAAGAACGGUGCUCUGCAACAGAGAUGAAGUCCAUCCGUAGGGAAUCUAUUCGAGCGGAACAGAAGAAUCGGAAGAAAAGAAACUUGUCUUGAUUUCGGUUAGUUUGCAUGUAUUUGUACAUUUUGCUGCCACUCAUACGAGCAUUCAUAAUGUUCCAAAGGGUUUCUGGUUUAUGAUUCUGUACACUUAUUACAUGCAUGAAGGGAUGGAUACUGUGAUUCCGUGAA